GUUUCAUCUACUGACAUGCCAGCCGAAGCUUUCCCGUCUCCUAGUGGAUACAAUGCACCGGAACAAGUUCAUAUUACACAGGGCGACCGAGGUGGUCGAGGCGUUAUUAUUUCAUGGGUAACUCCUGAUGAACGUCAUCCUGAUGUUGUUAGAUAUUGGAGUGCAAAUGAUCCUAGUGAUGUUAAAACCUCUCAUUCUCAAAUUUCUACAUAUCGUUAUUACAACUAUAGUUCUGGCUAUAUUCAUCAUGCUACCAUCAGGAAACUAGAGUACGAUACUAAGUACUAUUAUGAGCUUGGUAAAGGUGAUUCAGUUCGACAAUUUUCAUUCACUACUCCUCCAAGGUCUGGACCUGAUGUCCCUUACACAUUUGGUAUCAUGGGGGAUUUGGGACAAACAUAUGCAUCAAAUUCAACACUAGGGCAUUACAUGGCAAAUCCUAAAGGCCAAACAGUGCUAUUUGUUGGCGAUCUGUCAUAUGCUGAUGAUUUUCCUCAACACGACCAAAGAAAAUGGGAUAGUUGGGGACGUUUUAUUGAAAAUAGUGCGGCUUAUCAACCUUGGAUUUGGACUGCUGGAAAUCAUGAACUUGAUUUUGCACCUGAAAUUGGUGAAUAUAUGCCUUUUAAGCCGUAUUUACACCGUUAUCAUGUACCUUACAAACAAAGUGGAAGCGCAUCUCCUCUUUGGUACUCCAUCAAAAGAGGACCAGCUUAUAUCAUUGUCCUUUCUUCCUACUCUGCCUUUACCAAAUAUACUCCUCAAUACAAUUGGUUCCAAGCUGAACUAGAGAAAGUGGAUAGGCACGAAACCCCUUGGCUCAUUGUCUUGAUGCAUACUCCAUUGUACAAUUCAGACAAUUAUCAUUACAUGGAAGGAGAAAGUAUGAGGGUUAUAUUUGAACCUUGGAUGGUCAGUUUUAAAGUUGACCUCGUUUUAGCAGGUCAUGUUCAUGCAUAUGAGCGCUCAGAGCGAGUAUCAAAUAUCCAGUACAACAUAACUGAUGGGUUAAGUACUCCGAUUAGGGAUCUAUCUGCACCAGUCUACAUCACACUUGGUGAUGGUGGAAAUAUUGAAGGAAUUGCUGACAAUUUUAUUUACCCACAACCUUCCUACUCUGCCUAUCGAGAAGCAAGUUUUGGACAUGCAAUGUUGGAGAUUAAGAACCGAACACAUGCUUACUAUACUUGGCAUCGUAAUCAAGAUGAUGAAGCUGUUGCAUCUGAUUCUACGUGGUUCUACAAUAGGUUUUGGUACCCUAGAGAUGAAAGUGCCUAA